UACUCUGCUUUUUGAAUGAAUGCAGCACCACACACCACACCACGCUACCUACUCAGCUACUCUCAUCUCUCCUUAUUAAUACUCCAACGCUCUUUCUUUCACUCCCUUCUCUCACUCUCACUCACUCAUCCAUCCAACAUCCAUUACUACCCAUUAAUCUUCUGCAUUAUUACUAUUAAAUACAACAAACAAAGGUGGUGGAAUCUCCCACUUCUUCAAUUUUCCCACUUUCCCUGCAUCUAAGUCUUUGCACAAGUAAACGGGUUCAUGGAAUUAGCUUUCAUGCUUGUAAUCACGUGAAUUCAUUCGUUCUUCAAAGAAGUCGAUCUCAUUCAGCUGGUUUUUAAUCAAUUAUUCAAAUAGGCGCCACCAGAUUUUGCAUUUGACCAAGGAAUGAAGAUCCCAUUUUUCUAAAGAAGUGUAAAGUGGGCUAAUGUUUUGACCUGAGAGAAAAGAGAAUUUUUUGAUGAGAUAAGUUGUUUACUAAGUUGAUCAAACUUGAAACCUCAGCAAUACGGUGUGAGAUCUAUAUAGUUGAAACAGACAGAAGGAAUUCCGAUUUUUCGCGUUAUUUUCAACACGGAUGUCUGUAUUCUGGAAUUGAGGAAAAUGGGGUGUUGUGUCUCAACUAGUAGUAAGAGUACUUGUAGCAGCCGGAGCAAUGGAGAGAUGGCGAAUCCAUCAUGCUUAGAAAUCGGAUGCUGUGUGCAUAAGAAAGCAAGGAGAACCUUCUCUGAUCAUGUUAUUUCACUACACCAUUUGGCGUCGUUGCCGAGCAGGAUUUUCACUAAUGGAAAGAGUAGAGCUUCUUGCAUAUUUACGCAGCAGGGCCGCAAAGGGAUCAAUCAGGAUGCAAUGAUUGUGUGGGAAGAUUUUAUGUCUGAAGAUAUGACCUUUUGUGGUGUCUUUGAUGGCCAUGGUCCACAUGGUCAUCUCGUUGCGCGCAAAGUGAGGGACGCCUUGCCUUUGAAACUGCUCUCAUUUCUGCAUUCUUCUGAAUCGAAGCGAAACGGAUCAGGUAAAGCUUGCUUCAAGGGGAAUGUAAAACCGGACAAUGGAGACUCUCAGAAGGAUUUAUCAGCCGAGGAUAAACUGAAUUCAACGUGGAGAGAGGCUUUCAUGAAGGCAUAUAAGUCUAUGGACAAAGAGCUCAGGUCUCAUCCGAAUUUGGACUGCUUUUGUAGUGGGAGCACGGCUGUCACUAUAGUGAAGCAGGGCUCAAAUUUGUUCAUGGGAUAUAUCGGGGAUUCUCGAGCAGUGAUGGGAUCCAAGGACAGCAAUGACUCCAUGGUGGCAAUUCAGUUGACCAUUGAUUUGAAGCCCGAUUUGCCAAGAGAAGCAGAAAGAAUUAAACGGUGCAAGGGAAGGGUGUUUGCUUUGCAAGAUGAGCCUGAGGUGCCAAGGGUAUGGUUGCCUUUUGAUGAUGCACCGGGAUUAGCAAUGGCUAGAGCAUUUGGAGAUUUCUGCUUGAAGGAGUAUGGUGUGAUUUCCAUACCUGAAUUUUCUCACCGGCUGCUUACUGACAAAGAUCAGUUUGUUGUUCUUGCCUCAGAUGGUGUCUGGGAUGUUUUAAGCAAUGAAGAGGUGGUUGAGAUAGUAUCUUCGGCACCAACACGGUCAUCAGCCGCAAGGAUUCUGGUAGAUGCUGCAGCCCGGGAGUGGAAACUUAAGUAUCCGACUUCAAAGAUGGACGACUGCGCCGUGGUCUGCCUAUUUUUGGACGGUAAAAUGGACACAGAAUCCGACUAUGACGAACAAGGCUUCUCUUCUGCAACCCUCCAGAGCAAUCAUUCUGGAAACCCGGUCGAGUCAGACGACGGACUAAAAUCCGAGCCAUCUUUGCAGAGGAACUUCACAGUUAGAUCCUCAGAGGAAAAUGAGCCUAAUAACGGAGUACAAUCCAUUGAUGUUGAAGAUGGAGCAUCAUCAGCUGAUGAUCAAAAUUGGUCAGGUUUGGAGGGUGUUACUCGUGUGAACUCAUUGGUCCAACUACCUAGAUUCUCAGAGGAAAGGCCAAAAUCAUGAAAUUUGUUGCUUUAACUAAUGGAGAUUGUUUACUUUAUUCAGCAAAAGAAAAAAUUUUCUUGCAAGUGAAAUAUCAUUUUAUUUCAAGAUAUCUUUUUUUUUGGUACUCACUUUUACUAUGAAGAGUUGAUUGUAUAAGAAAAAGUGAGUACACCAAAAAAAGGUUUCUCUUUUUAUUCCAUAUGGCUAACUAGUUACUUAUAGAAAAGUAGGUUUUAAAUUUUUAAUCA